CGAGCGAUGUGCGGAGUGGACCCGUUCACGCUGCAGGCAGCCGACUGCAUGGUGGACGUUGUCGCGCGUCGAUGCCUCGGGCAUUCGCUAGUAUUUCUGGUCUUGCGGAUGAACUACAUGUUGCGUGGCAGUACAGCUCAAAGCCAGAAAGACCCUUGGCAGUCGCAAAUUCGUGGCAAGCGUCUGGCACAGAAGCCGUGAGUGAAGCAAGUCGCUGCCGAUAGCGGGAUCAUCAUGACGCAAAAAGUGUGUCCACGCUGCCAGGAUGCUGUCCCCUCGCGCUCAACUUUGGCUCAAGAUGGCUCGGACGUGCAACCUCAGCCUGGGCUGCAUGGGAAUGGGUCUCAUCUUGGCCUUGACUGGGGUGUCACUGUUGGACCUGGUGGAGAUCUACGGUUCCGACAUAUCGAGCGUGUCUCACCUCAUUACCACCCGAUGCGUCGGCGGCCUGCUGGGAUCCCUGCUAGCAUCGGUGAAGGAGAGCCUUCGCGACGGAAGGACGGAUCUUGUCGUCAUUCCGGGAGGAAUGACAUCAACACUUCAACCGUUGGACGUCGUCCUCAAUAAACCUUUUAAAGACCGUGUGCGUGCGCUGUACACCGAAUGGAUGGCUGGCGACAACCCGCGGACCCCGACAGGCCGGCUGCGCAGGCCACCUCUCGCGACAGUUUGUGGUUGGGUCUCCGAGGCAUGGAGGUCUCUGCCUGAAGAGAUGGUGGUGCGCGCAUUCAAGAAGUGCUGCAUCAGCAACGCUCUCGACGGCACCGAGGACGACAUGCUGUGGGAGGCGGCUAGUGACAAGCAGUCGUCGUCGUCGGAGAGCUCCGACAGCUCGGAGGACUAUGGUCCUUUGCUCGCAACUUCAUCCGCUUCACAGAGCUCCACUGAUGCCGACUUUGACAAGAUGAUCGCGCCAGACCUCGUUCCAGCACAGGCAGCCGAUCUCCGGCAUAACUUGGCAUCCUUCAGGGACAUCUUCGACUUUUCUGACAGCCCUUUAGCAAUUUCAAUACAAGUGACAGAAAUUCUCUGUUCAGGUGCGAACGUGUGGAUCAUCAAGCUCUGGCCACAGAACAGCAGCCCGGCGUUGCAAGUCUUCCAUCUGGCCUUUGGAGUCGGUUGCCUCGUGGCCCCGCUGUUCGCCGAACCCUUCCUGUCGACUGGUCAUUAUGCCACCUCGUCGCUAAACCUGACUGACUCGAACGACACCGCGUUCGAAGUGGGCGAAAGCCGCAUUUACUACGCGUUCGGCAUAGCCAGCGCCUUCCAUCUAGUCCUGGUCGUUGCCAUGGUAAUGCUCUACCUGAUAGACAGCUCGGACAUUAAGCAGGAUAACGCCGCCACGGGUUGCAGGAAGGAGUCCUCGGAGGACGUUCGCUUCGGCCGGAUCCUACUCGCCCUGCUGAGCGCCUACGUCUGCGUCUACGUGGCGUUGGAGUGCACGACGUCUCAGAUGCUCACCGCGUUCGCCGUCAAGAGCGACCUCCACUUGACCAAGUCGAUGGCGGCUCGGGUAGCUGCUGUUUACUUCUUCUGCUUCGCGGCGAGUCGCUUGGCUGCUGCCUUGGUCACCCUCAAGAUGUCGCCCUUUCGGGUGCUCGUGCUCUCUCACGUGGUCCUAGUCGUCACAGCCGCGAUGUUCGUGGUUUGGGGCUCCGUCAACGAAGCCGUGCUCUGGGCCUCUGGCGCGUUAAUGGGCGUCGGCCAAGCGCCCGUUUACGCGGCCGUGGUCGCUUGGACCGUCUCUUACGUCGAUAUUAGCAACAGGAUGAUGUCCGUCGUUAUAGUCACGGCUGGUAUCGGCGCGCUAUCGCCGCCUCUUCUAGUCGGUCAAUUUUUAGAUCACCAUCCAAAUUUGUUUCUUUACGUGUGCUUCGUGGCGGUGCUACUGUGCGUAGCAUGUUUUGUCGCCAUGUACUAUUACGUUCGGAAGAGGCCGCUUCAAAGCACCGUCGAGUGCGGAAGUGCAACUUGCGAGAAACACAUAGAGAUAGAUGUUCUAGCUUAAUUUGGACGUCAGCCAUCUCAAGUCUGCUCUUUUCAUUUUGAAAAUACAAGGCGUACAAACACAGACGCAUCGUCUUGGUUUAUCUAUGCGCCUUUAUUUAGCGAGUAGACUUCCGGAUUUUUUUUUAAGAACGUCUCUUUUCUGCCACUCUACAGUUACGUUCUGCAACUUUUCCCGCCUUGAUUUUUUAAAUUAUCGACAGUGAUACCAAUUGCAUUACUUUUUCGCAGCGUCUCCCGCGCCGCCUAGUGCAGCAGACAGCCCCAUAUACAGAAGUGGCUUCUGUGCUGCAUGGAAAUUACGUCACUUAUAUGUACGACCCACUCGUUACGCUAUUCACACAGUGCGAGGGCUGGUUGUUCUUUCGCUGUUUUGAAACGCUUUAUAAGUCGUAUUGACGCAAUUUCUUUCCCGACAUCAAUCCUGCCCAAGGCAAGUUUACUAAAAAGUCCCCAGCACAGGCGUGGCUCAGUGGUAGAUCUGGACUGACACCCAGAGGACCUGGGUUCGAGCCCCACUGUGUCAUUGGUACUAGGUAUUUUGCUAAUUUUCUGCUUUGUAGUUACGGACACCAAAGGCGGCGGCGGACAACUACGGCAUUGCGUGACCCGAGUUUUGAUCUCAUAGCAGCUUUCGCUGUAAAGACCAUUCCCAUAUUUGAUGGCACACAACUGGAAAAAACCCGUGUUAUGCCCCCAAAAACUAAGAAAAGAAAACGUAGAGAAAGUGAUGCACUGUGUUAUGUUUUGCACAAAAAAGCACAUUUCGCAUUUGUUAGCAGAACAACGUGAAAUGUGGUUAUGCAUAUAAAGUGUUCGUUCUGACAUAAACAUUUUCGGUUGCUAGUAAGCACUCAUCUGGUGACCUUUCUGGGUGUUUGUACUUUUUGGUGCUUGUUUCAUCAUGAUUUCAACAUGCCGAUUUGGCAGUCAUCGUAAAUUUCAUAGUUAAACACAUAUCGCAAGCAUUUUAAACCCAGGGGCUGCCAUGGGCCGCUGCGGCUGCGAAAUGUAACAGCGGCAAAGAUGGUACUGCGAUGCGUAGUCGUAGUGGUAACAACUUUAAAACUACGGCAAAAUUGUGGCCUGGGCCUAGCAGCUCUAGAGGAGGACCGGAAACCCUGUCUGCACCUUGCUGCCUCAUGGACUUGCUGGAUGUCCCGCAGUUGAUCCUGGAGAUUGGAGCUGCGCAGCGCAGCCGUCCACCGCGCCACAGCUUCAUCUAGGUGUGUUCGCUAUAAAGUUUCUUAGUAUGAACUGGUUAUUGGAUGUGAAAAAACUAUAUGACUCACGUGAGUAACGCCGUAGGUACGUGCGUCCAUACGAAAACUGAGUAUGAACUUUAUUUAGGUCUUGAGAAAAAGAAAGCGGUUCCGAAAGCCCCGCCAAUCAAUCUGGCGGCUUCACCUAGGUAGGGACCGGUAGACAGUCUUUCGACGGCACGCCUCAAUGCAUUCCCCUCGCCAAAGGUGUGGAAGCGGUGCCAUGUAGGUCGCACCGCAGCUGCGCGUUGACGUCACGCUCCCGUCACAGUGGGCGCUGACGUCACUCUCCCUCACUCGAACCACGCUCGCCGCAGCGCCCGCAGCUACCAGCUCCUCCUCCAAUUCGCACAACGCCUCUCUCGCUUCGCCCUCUCCACCGCCCGCAACGCGUGACCACACGUCGAAUGGAAACGCUCUUUCGACUCGUUUAUCUGCGAUGAAACACACCCGAAACCCAACCGCCUUCCGUGUCUUGGCGUUUCAAACGAACUUUCACUCGAGUAAACGCUACAUGGACAUUCGCUUCAAACCAUUCUUCCAGCACCCGCGUCGACGCCUGUUUCAGCCGGGUCAAUGCCGUGCGCACCGCAGCUGCUUCGAAUCCCAUCAGGGUUCCCUUCGGGGAGAUGGUCCAUAAUUUUGCUGUUGCACGCACUGCAUUUUUUAAAUUGCGAUGUCAAAGCGUGGUUUCGUCGAAGGUGAAAGUAUCCUUGUUGCCGGGUGCCUUAUUUUGCUUGUCGCGAAGAGCAAGGUCGACGAUGAAAUAAAUGUCUAUGAACAGUU